AUGCACUAUUGACUGGAUGCUGAAAUAAAAAAACCCCGGUAUAAACAAACAGAGAAGAGGCAUAGGCUACAUUCAGCACGCAUACAAUUACAGGCUCAGGUCCCCUAGAAGGAAAAAAAGAAAAAAUGAACAACAAGAGAUUAAUUUAUAUCUAGCCUAUUCCCACUCUGCUCGGGUCUGAGCUGCUAUAUGAGAAGUCCCGUUCUAUAUAGAAGUCCUUGUCUAAGGUCAGUGGGGGAUCACGGCAGUCUCUUAUGCCACGAGUAUGGUGCAGUCCCCAGUGGCCCACCCCGGAGCCGGCCGCAUCUCCCGAACAGGCCACCGGGAGCCAAAGGGCAGUUUUUAGGCUGCUAUCUGUAGCUGAAGAAAUCUGGUACCUCGAUGCAGGCUCCUCUAUGGUAGGUUGCUCAAAAUGGCAUAGUGAAGUACUGAUCAGUGUCAGGACUUGCUGCAGAGUCACCUUCGAAGCGUGUGAGAUGGGUGAGCCAGAUGUUUUUAGGCUUCUUCCUAAACUGACCACAUUCUCGAAUCCUGGGGUCUCCUUAGGCUCUCCGGAGCAAACAAUAAGAGGCAAUUCUGUUGUAGAGUGUAACUCCGGUGCCAGACUGGAAGCGUGCGUAGACGAGAGUGACGGCUGGUCGCCAUCUUUCAUGAAGGCCUCUCUGACUUCAGCUUUGAGGUUCUCAAACUGUGCAUCCAUCUUUAGGGAGAGAUCUUGGAAUAAGGUUAGUGCUAUGAGACUAAAGCCCUCCAUCCUGUUAUGAGUGGCCAGCAGCCCACUAGCCCAAUAGAACCCGGGUUACCGGGGGGUUUGAUUAGGUGUAAAAGUAUGUAUGUGUAGACCGUCACCUAUAAUUCACAGUUCUGCCGCAGAGGAUUCCGGAUGUUAUAAUCCCAAUAAGGCUAUAGUCUCCAGACACAGAUAUUAGUAUAAGGCAGUCUUGGAGCCCAGAGAAAAAGUCGUCUAGCUUGAGUAGUCGUUGCAGGCUUUUGUAGGCUCCAGUUAGCGGUGACGGCCUGAGGUCAAAAAAGGCUAAAUCAGCUCCUGUUUAGACUGAUGCGGGAAUCAUGGAGACUUUCAUUACUGCAGAAUAAGCAGUGAAGAGAUCUGAUAGAUACUUGAGAAAAAUGCAAAUUAUAUCCCGAGUAAAUUUAUCAAUCUUAAGAAUAUUCCCAGGAGCUUCAUAAAAUGCAACUGAUCAUGGCCGCUUCUUAGCCACUCCCCCCAUUUUCUUUUUUUAAAGUCCAUAGAUAUUUAUGAAUUCCUUUUUUUAACUUGUUUUACAUGUAAUGUUUUUAUUUUUUUUUAGGUGACAAUGGUUAUCCAUGUAGGCCAUGGCUUUUGACCCCAGUCCAAUCACCUCAUACACGUGCAGAAUUAAAAUUUAAAGAGUCACAUCGUACCACAAGAACUGCUAUAGAGAGAACUUUUGGUGUGUUAAAGAUGCGAUUUAGGGUGUUGGACCUUUAGGAGGAGACCUGCAAUACUCACCUGAGAAAUGCAAUGAUAUUAUUCUUGUCUCCUGCAUGUUGCAUAAUAUUGCCAUUUCACAAGGAAACCUAGAUGAUGUGUGUCCAGAGGAUCCUAUAGAGGAUCUUUAUGUUCCACAAGACAUAUUUUCGCAUAUUUCAAACUAGUAAAUACGAAUGCAUUGCUUGAUAGUCAGGUUCGAGCUUUUUUUGAUAAAUGGCUUAUUUUAAUUUUAGAACUGUAAUGCAGGAGCAGUAUGUAGGGAAUUAGGGAAUAUUCACUGUAUAAUAUAGUUAUGAGAGCAGAAUUAGUCACCUUCUUAGAAUGAAAUAGUUGAUUCACAGAAGUUAGUAUGCAGAUAUGAUACAGUUGGUAAGUUGUGCACAAACAUAUAGCAGGUGUAAAAACAAUUACCUUCUAUUUGAGAGAUUACGGUAAACACAGGUAAGUAGCUUGAAUAACAUUACAACAGUUCAGGUAGGAGAUAUGACAAGUUUUACCUUGGUCUUUAUGCUUGGUACCUGCAGAUGAAUAGCGCAGUCUGAUUUUCCUAAUCACCGCUGUGAAGAGGGAGAGGUGUACCUCUGCAGGGAAGCUUGUGAGAGCGCAGCUGACAGGCUGCAGCGCAGGAGGCGCGAAGGACGCUUGUGAGAUGGUGACACAGCAGGACUGUGGUAGCUUCAGUAGAGGCCGCUGGAGGUUUGCACCGGAAGUGGAUGCGGAGUUAGAGUCAAAACAAGAAUAGGGCCCAGGUACCUUUGCCCCAUUGAGAUGACUUCUUCCAGUUCUGGGGGGGAAUUAGACCCACUCCAUAUGGUAUUCAUGGACAAUGAUGGGACUGAUAGAACAGGAAGACAUAGGAGGACAAAUCGUCGGACAAAUCGUCGGACAAGGCCAUUAAACAAGGCCAUUAAACAAUAUGGACUCUAAUGAUGCGGAAGAACUUGAAAUUCCAUCAAUUCCAGUAGAUGAAGAAAAUAUAAACAAUGAACAAAUUCAGCAUGAUGAGUCCAAUGAGGCGGAAGAGCAGAAUAUUAAUAUUGAGAUUGAACAACAGAUUCAAGAGGAUGAAGAUUUGGAGCAAGAGGAAGGGGUGGAGCAAAAUGAAGAGGUGGAGCAAGAGGAAGAGCAGGUGCAUUCAGGAACAGCAGCUAUCCAAGAAAAAAGAAGCACAGAUGAGAUGCAGGAUGAGGACUCUGCUUCACCACAAUAUUAUGACUGGAUUCCUGAGGAUGAUAAAAUUUGGGUGAACAAAAAAGAUCUUUUAGAAGUCCUGCUUAAAGCAGAAAUUGGACUUAUAAGUAACUACUCCACAGUGCGGAAAAUGCGAAUGAGAUACGGAAAAAAUUAAAAUUAUUUUAGUAUAUUAUUAAAACCUGAAAAACUGAAUGUGACAAUAACAUAUUUUUUAUUUUUGUAAUUAAUAAAAAAUGUAUAUAUGAUUUG